GGCCCAACUGGGGGGGGGCGCGGUCCGGGACCGGGCCGGACGCGGCCAGGGCUGGAGGCCUGAGGGCGUUUGUGUGGCGCCCAGGCUGGGCCCCCCCCGCCCCUCUGGUGGGGGAAACUGAGGCCUGAAUGGGCCUGUGCUGCCCACCCUCUCUCCCGCUGCAGGCCCACGAAGGGCCAUGAAGGUGCUGCUCCUCACAGCGCUGGGGGCCCUGUUCUUUGCCUACUAUUGGGACGGCAACUUCGACCCAGCCAGCCUCCAGGGCGCCCGCGUGCUGUUGACGGGGGCCAGUGCGGGUGUGGGUGAGGAGCUGGCGUACCACUAUGCUCACCUGGGCUCAGACCUGGUGCUCACUGCCUACACUGAGGCCCUCCUGCAAAAGGUGGUAGGGAACUGCUGGAAGCUGGGCGCCCCCAAGGUCUUCUACAUCGCGACGGACAUGGCCUCCCCCGAGGCGCCCGAGCACGUGGUGCAGUUUGCCCUGGACAAGCUGGGCGGGCUGGACUACCUCGUGCUGAACCACGUCGGCAGCGCCCCGGCGACACGUGGACUCUUGCAGGUGAACUUGCUGAGUUACGUGCAGCUGACUUCGCGGGCGCUGCCGAGCCUGACGGACAGCAAGGGCUCCCUGGUGGUGGUGUCCUCGCUGCUUGGCCGCGUGCCCACGUCCUUCUCUACACCCUACUCCGCGGCCAAGUUCGCGCUUGACGGCUUCUUCGGCUCCCUGCGGCGCGAGCUGGACGUGCAGGACGUGGACGUGGCCAUCACCAUGUGCGUGCUAGGCCUCCGGGAUCGCGCCCCCGCCACCGAGGGCGUCAGGGGCGUCACCCGAGCCACGGCGUCCCCGGGACCCAGGGCGGCCCUGGCGGUGAUCCGUGGCGGGGCCACGCGCGCCUCUGGAGUCUUCUACCCGUGGCGCUUCUACCUGCUGUGCCUGCUGCGGGGCUGGCUGCCGCGACCGCGGGCCUGGUUCAUCCGCCAGGACCUGAACAUGUCGGCCGCCGCUGCCUCCUGAGCCCGGAGCCCCUCACCUUCCAGAGGGGGGCGCUCCACCCGAGACACAAACACCCUCCAAGAGGGUGGCCGCACCCUGAGAUAGAACCAUCACCACAGAAGCGCAAAACCAGGAAAAUCCGCCAGCACCUGGACAUAGUCUCGGCUCUGCGUGUGACCGCGGCCCAUUGUGUUAGGCCCUUGUCAGGGCCUCGGAAGUCGUCACCGCCGUCUUCGUGGCCGUCAUUGAUGACAUGAUUACUGCUUCCAUUUGCAGACAAGGAGACUGAGGUUCAGACAGGUGACGUGACCUGCCCCAGGUCACGCCACCCCUGGAGCCUUCUCCAUGUCCCAUCUGAACCUGAGUCCUUGAUUUACUCUUCCCACUCAUUAAAUCAGGGAGCAUCCCCCACCCCUGCCCGCUUCCCCCUGCUGGGGUCUCUGGUGCGCUUGACACCCCGAAGUGUACACCUGAUGGAGGAGGAGGAGGACGACGGAAAGAGCAUGUUCUGGACUGGACCCAGCUUCCCAUUUCAUAAUAAAAAUCCUUCUACCCUUGCA